GAUGACCAGAGACUGCGGAUAUAGUACAGGAGAUGACCAGAGACUGCGGACACAGUACAGGAGAUGGACCAGAGACUGCGGACUCAGUACAGGAGAUGGACCAGAGACUGCAGACACUGUACAGGGGAUGCCAGAGACUGCGGACACAGUACAGGAGAUGACCAGAGACUGUGGACACCAUACAGGGGAUGCCAGAGACUGCGGACAGUACAGGGGAUGACCAGAGACUGCGGACAGUACAGGGGAUGACCAGAGACUGCAGACACAGUACAGGGGAUGACCAGAGACUGCGGACAGUACAGGGGAUGACCAGAGACUGCAGACAG